AGUAUUGUGCCAGGAUUUAAAUCAAUAACAAUAUGAAUGAAACGCCCAUCGUUGAAGCUGAAUUCACAAAACUUACCGAUUUGCUACCAGGAGCUGAGGGGCCGAUAUUCACCCCCCAAGGUCGAUUUUUUGCUGUAAGUCCUGAACGUAUGGUUGAUGAUCAACAUGCAGGCCAGAUUGUAGAAAUAAACCUUGCUAAUGGAGAACAAAGCGUUAUUUGCACACCAAAUGUUGAUGGAUAUGGAGGAGUUCCAGCAGGAUGCCAAAUUGACCAGGAAGGGUAUCUAUGGGUUUCUGAUAUGCGCCUUGGCCUCUUAAGAAUUGAUAUCAAUUCCAAAACUUUUGAACAAUAUUGUAAAACAGAUAAAGAUGGCGAAACAAUGCAGGGAUGCAAUGACUUGAUUUUUGAUUAUAAUGGUUUUUUGUGGAUAACGGCCCCCGCGGGAAAGAUUGCACCCAACCCCUACGAAAGAUCGAUAGAUAAAAAUGAUGGAUCACCUUUCAAAUUUGGAUCAGUGUACCGUUUGAAUACCAAAUCUAAAGAAAUAAUCAAAUUUGAUGAAGGACUUGCUUUCCCCAAUGGUAUUGCGGUAAGUCAUUCAAGUAAAGGGACACCAGAAUUCGUUAUUGUAGCUGAAACUGGAACGAAAACGUUGUGGUCUUACGAAAUCCAGGACAAUGGCAAUAUUGGAAAAAGGAAGGAAUGGGGUAAAGUUCCCGGAAAUCACUUAGGGGGACCUGAUGGUAUGGACUGGGAUAGUGAUGGAAAACUACUCGUCGCUAACUGGGGAGCAGGAUUUAUUGAAGUUUUCAACAAGGAAGGUAUUCUAGAGAAAAGAUUACGUCUACCCUUUGAAAGGGUAAGCAACGUUCACUUCAAGCCAGAUUCCAGCGAAUUAUAUGUAACCGAGCAUACUAAUCAUGCAGUUUGGAAAACUUCCUGGUCAUGUAAAGGAGCAAAACAAUUUUGCGAUUUGUAG